AUGUGGGGCCGGGAGGGUCCCAUCCCUGCGGCAUGGGGCCAUGAGGGCAGCACCUGCCCUGAGGACAAAGCUGGCCUGGAGGACGUCAUUGAUGGGGAAGGUGAAGCAGAUGGUGCACCCAGACUUGCCCCAUGCAGGCUGGUUUUGGAUGGCUCUGAGAAAGCAGCCAGUGCUCAGGAGAGCAAAAAGAAUGAGAUUUACUGUGACUGCUGCUUGGCCAAGGAGGUGGCGGUGGUGACGUCCUGCCUCGCCUGCCCAGAGCAUCGCCAGGCUGCCCUGGGGAGCAGCGAGCUGUGGAGCCACUGGACGUGCAGCCCCUCCAAGGACUCUGAGCUGCCGACCCGCGGACUGCUGCUGGUGGCAGUGGGGACAGCCCAGCAGGAGGUAGCGGCCUUUCUGGAAGAGAAGGGGAGCGUGGCUGUGAACCACAUCAACAGGAUAAAGAUCCACUUAGAGCACAAGCGAGCCUUCAUUGAGAACAAGCUCAAACUGGAGAAGAUGCCUGCUCACAGCACCAAGUGCCUCUUCUUAAAAGUAGGGAGUGCUGUGAAUUCAGAGAAGAGCUCUGGGGUGGAUGCUCUUCCCAGCGUUUACAUCGGGCUGAAGGACAAACUGUCUCGAAUCAGAUGCCAAGUGAUGUCUGACAAGCAUUUGUACUUUAGCCACUACUGUUUUGAGGUUGAGAUAUCUGGGGCUGAUGUUUACCCUGGCAUGACGUACAGAAGCAUUGACCAGACAGGUUCAGAAAGCAACAGCUGCACCUCAGGAAACAACUUCUCCUGGAGCAUCGUGUGGAAUGGGAAAGGGUUUUCUGCAUGGCACAGUGAUGUGGAGAUGCCCCUCAAUAUGGAUGUGUUUGGUAGGGUAGGGGUCUACCCAAACUACCCCAGCAGGACCUUGUCCUUUUACGGGGUCACCUAUGAUAAUGUGACCUUGAUGCACCAGUUUGAGUAUGCUUUUGUUGAGUCCCUCUACCCCGACUUUUGGCUUUUAAAGAAAGAAAAUGUCAGGACAAUAUGGCUGGGGGAAGAUGCUGAGAAGACUCCAGCCUCCUUGUGUUUCUUUGGGGAGCUGCUCCCUUGA